UUUAUUAAAAGCAACAGGCUGAAACAUCCGCUGACGUCGACGAGAGAGCUUCUGCUGAACGCGCGGCAUUUGCCGCUUCACGUGCAGACGAGGCUUACGGUGAUCUUCCACCUCCCGACGACUCUGCUAUCGCAAAGCAACGCGCACAGUUGGAUACCGAAAUCACUGGUGGCGUGGAGUACGACCUUCCACUUUACCGGGUUUCGGACGAGGCGAAAGCACACCUUGCGACUCAGCGAGUCUACCAGGAUGCCGCGCUUCGGCGAUUGCUGCCCGAAGACGAGGCAGCAAGUUUCUACGGGAGCAAGCCUCUUCCACGAGGCUUCGAGAGAGACUCAACACUUGCGCAGCGUCGGGACGCACUAGUAAUGGAUCCCGAUUACAUGCGCAACAGCCACAUACGCGACGAUGAGGAUGAGUUGGGCCAAAUCGCGAAGCACGCUUCAGACGCAACGAAUGGGGAG